AAUCUCUGCUCAUGGCCUCUGAUUGUUCGCUUUGGACGAAGACUCCUCGUCGUCUAUGGAACGAGUGUGAUGUGCGCAACGCUUCUUGUCGCUGGUGGUAUAAGUACCGUCAAAAACGACUUUGCGACCAAAGUAACUGUCGCUCUUAUGACUCUGUGGGGUUUUUUGGUCAGUCGAUUCCAAUAUAGGCCUGCGGCACAUUCAGUUGGUGACGAAAUACCUUCUUCUCGCCUUCGCCAAAAGCCCUACUCGAUCAGCUUCAUGAGUGCAAUUGUCGUCUCUACUGCCGUUCUCCAAGUGGUGCCAUAUCUGUUUAACCCUGGCAACGCUAAUUUAGGCGGCAGGAUCACUUUCGUUUUCUUCGAUCUUUCUGUGCCUGUGUGCAUAUAUCUCUAACUUUGUUUCCCAGAGAUGAAAGGAAGGACCUACCUGGAACCCGAGGAAACGUUCCAGGCUCGCCUCCCUGGUCGCCAGUUCAGAAAACAUGUUUGUACUGACAAUCUGCGACUUGAGCAAUCUCUUAAGGCGGAUACCUCGGUCGAU